AUGGAUGGUGGACUCGUAAAAGAUGUCUUCAAAGGCGCCACAAAGGGUGUUAAGGGAGUUGGUAAGGGGGUGACAAAGGUUGCCUCCUCUACCACUAAGGGAGUUACCAAAGGUGUGACACAAACCACAUUACUGGCUGCCAAAGGUGUCUCCAAUACUGCCAAAUUUGCCACGUCUGGUGCCGUCCAGGGUGUCACCACCAUCGGCGGUGUCGGUCUCAAAGCCACCAAGGGUGCUUUGAAAGUUACUGGUGUCAACAAGGUUUACAAGACUGUCACGGGUGCCACACCCAAAAUCAAGAAGAUCCGGGAUGGAGACGAUGAAUAUAUAGAAGAAGAAUACAUUGAACAGAAUGAAUUCUUUGCCAACAUGGACGAGGCUUCCGCUCUGAAGGCUAGUCACAUUUUGUCUUCAGCAGGUACUCACCGUCUCAACAGAAUUCUCCGCAAAACCAAUGAUGACGAUGAAAACUUCAAUGUGACGGGCUUGAACGACACCAAUACCAAGAAAAUUCAUAAGGUUAGUGAUCCAAGAAACUUUGCGGAAGUUUCCGAAUUCGUCGCCAAGGUGGUCCUUCCGCCUCUGCGAGUGGAUUCCAGAUCAAUUGGAGGCUCUAGUUUUACCGAAUAUCCAGACAACAUGACAGUCGAGACUCUUUUGACCUUUAAGUGUCGGUCCUUUGAGUUUACAGGGGAUGCCCACAUUUCCGUCUCGUGUCUGCAGAACCCUGCUGGAUAUGCCAAACACAAGCGAUCCUUGGGAAUGAUGGGCAAGGGAACUAAAGGACGCAAUAAAGUGCACUACGUUGUCUUUGCUCGUUCUACCAACCGACCAUUGAUUAAUAGUCAUUUGACUAAAACGGAAGUCAAAUCGGAUAUGCGGGAGUCCAAUAUAGACAGUGGUUACGACAAGAUGUUUUCGCCUGGAGACGAAGAACCCUUUGAUGAAGAGAAGGAAGAAAACAUGUCCAUCAAAGACGAUGAUGACAACCAAGACGGAGCAGGAGGAGAAGCAAAUCGAGCCGGACAGGAUGAUUUGGAUUCCGAAAUUUCGUCCUUCCCAGUCAUGUUGUGUAUGACUUUAAAUACGGAUGGUGCCAAUCCAGACAUUCGAAAAUUGGUUGAACUGGAUCAGCUCACAACUGUACAGGAUGUGACUGCUACUGUCGUCCAAUUGACUUUCCAAAAUGGACACACCAUUCGAUAUGAUUUCAGUGAGGAAGAUGAAGAUAAGGCUGUUGAAGCCGGUUUGAUUAAGGAGCGAUUCAUCUGGUCACUCUUGCAAGUGCACGCCAUGCUUUGCGUUUCCGUUGUGGAACGAAGCACCAUGGGCGAUCCGGAAGCUAAGGAAAGGAACAUCUUGCCACCAUUGAAUAUCAGAAACUUGGAUCGGGCAGAACUUCAGUAUAUUGCUACAGUGAAUAACUUUUUGCGUUCUUCUAAGAGUCUUGCUGCUCUUUUGGAUCGACAACAAGAGCUUGCUCGCGGAGAGAAGGAUGGCGGCCAAGGACAGAUGAUUGAGAAUGGGGAAGAAGAAAAGGCUGAUGAGGGCCGCGACGUUAUGGCAUAUGAUUUGAUGAUGGGUAACUUUGCCACUCGAGUAGCCAUCUUUCAAUCGGCAGAUGAACGUGCCGAGGCAGAAGAAGUGCUCAACUCGACCGAGUGGACGCUUUCUCUGAAUAGCGAAGAAAGUGCAGCCGCCACAGCUGCAGAGCGCCUUUCAUUGGUUCUUCAAAGGCGAAUGCGUGAUUUGGAGGCUGAAACUUGUAGGCGACUUAUUGCUUGGGAGGACGAGAAGCAUUAUUCGAUGACUGGACACGUCGGACCGAAUUCCAGCCGUGAUACUGUUGAUGCUUUGUCGUUGCAGCAUCUAUUCACCACGCUGGAGAGUCUAGACGCAGAACUUGCAGAAAUGGAAGGAUGGCUCGACGAAAGAGUUUUGGCCAUCAAGCCCCUGACGGAUGAUUGUAGAGAUAUCGAAGAAGAGAAUCGGCAGUUGGAGCAACAGUGGAAGUCUUACGAUUUGCUGGGAUCUGAGAUGAAACGACUGCUACAAGGUCUUACAAUUCAAGAGGAUCUUGAAAUGAUUCUCAGUAACCCAGCUGGUGCACUAGUCUACGAUGAUGGUGGUAACAUUCAAGUCGCAGAAAGUGAAGGAGGCGUAGAUCGUAUCUACGAAGCCGGAAAGGCACUUCAACAAGCGACAGAGCACGCAGAAAAGGCUGGAGGUGUGCAUCUUCGUGCUGUCAGUGAAAGAGUCGAGAAGCUUUCCAAGACAGGCGACUUUUUCUGCACGUCUUUGGCGCAAAUUAUUGUGACCAUUAUGGAACAAUUCAAGACAAUGGUUGUCGCUGGAAGUGACUAUGGAAAGGUCUCCAAAUCUGACACCCAUUCCAUGAUUGCUAAGAAAGUUCGUGACACCCAGCGAAAGUUCCAAAGUUCACUGCUUGGGUACAUCAAGCUCAUCGAAGUACUGGCUUUGUUGGAUCCAAAACUCCUUCCAGCCAUUCGCGACGCUUAUUCUGAGAUGGUGUCCGAGGGCAUUUUGAUGAAGAAACGAAUGAAGGGUUAUUUCCAAGCCCUUCCAGGAAAGAAUGCUGCGUACCUCAAUAACGCUGCAAAGGAUUUGGUCGAGUAUUCUCCCGACGAUUCACCUUUUAGUCAUAUGACAGUGAACGCCGAGGAUAUCAAAUUUUCGAUGAGCGAGUUGCUUCCCGUGGUCGCUCGUGAAGCUUACUUCACUGCUGCUCUUUUCGGUCUGAGCAACAAGGCGAAGGAUGGAAGAGAGAAGAAGCGCAAUUUUGAAGCCGCAAAAAAGAGUGUUGACCACUCCACACAAUACUUCCGAUACUACAUUCAAAGAACCUGUGGUAUCGCAGACGAGACUGAAAAAGACCCCGCUCAACGAAUCAGAGGGGAUCCGAUGCUUUCUUUGGUUGCUUCCAUCCACUUGAAUGAGGCAAUGGAGAAUUACAUUGAUCGUGAGAAGAAGGGUGGAGACCAUUCACUGUCUCUCGCGUACGUCCGCGCCACCAUUUUGGACCUUCGAAAGAAAGUGGAUAAGCAAUGGGUUGCCUGGGUAGAGAAUCAGAUCGAGUGGAUCCGAAGUAAUCCAGGAGUUCCCAUCAAUGGAAAGAGAGCAGGAGUUUUUGCAUCAUUUUCAAGAUUUCCAUGCUAUCUUGAUCAUAUUCUUCUGUGUUGCCGAGAGGGAAGAAAAGACAACUUCACACCUGACCUUGCCAAGAUUAAGGUCGUUAGUUACUAUCUGCAGAAAAUGGCCUCUGCUCUUUUGGAAAGUCUUCGUGAUUGUGCGGAAAGGGAGGCAACUGAUCAACAGUACGCUGCUAGCGUUAUGCAAAUGGAAAACAGCUACUACUUUACUCAAAGCAUAAAAAACAGAGGCAGUGAGAUUGCCGUACUCUUCCAGAAGCAAGUUACCAAGGCAAACACAGUUUGCAAGUCAAGCACUGAUGCUUACCUUGGUUGGAUGAUUAAGAGAGAAUUCAAGAGUCUACACGCACUGUUCUCCAACAUCUCGAAGGUUAGAAGGGAAGUUGGCGACAGAGAUGUCCCGAUCCAUGUUCCAAAGGCUACCUUCAUUAGAACCCUUGCGAAAGAGUCCAACAGAGAGGUAAUGAAAGAGAAGAUCGCUGUUAUCUAUUCAAGAAUGGAGAAGCACUUGUCUGAAGAAGGAGGCCUCCUGCCCGUUGCAUGGAAAGCGCUUGUGAAGGUGCUGUAUGAGUGGUUCGGAAGAUGGGAGAAAUUGAGUUCACAAAUUUACAAACACGUUUUGGAGCCAAGUGCUGUGGACGUUGUCCGAAUUGCCAAAGCAGCUGGAGCUAGCAGUGCCAAGGCCGAUGAUCGAAAGGUCCGAUCAGAGGCAGAGUCGCGAGCUCGUCUGGAGAAUCGGCGGGCUGAUAGAACCAGGGCACAGGUCUAG